AUGAUCCCUCGAUUCUACCCAGGUGCGUCUGGCUUCGCUCCAGGCACCAGGUAUAAUUGGAACUUGACUUCAACCCCGCAAGAGUUUCUCUCCAAGCAGAUCAUCAACCUCACUCAACGACAUACGAUUGGUGGGAGUAGUACGGUCAAUGCGAUGAUUUUCGAUCGCGGGAUGCCUUCCAACUACGACGCCUGGGCCGCUCUUGGAAACCAGGGCUGGAACUUUGCGGCUCUACUUCCUUACUUCAAGAAGAGCGAAUGUUUUACCGCCGCAACACCUGCGAAUUCCGCGACAUAUGGCAUGACUUUUGAUGCCGCUUGCCAUGGUUUUGAAGGACCUAUCCAAUCAAGUUACCUAGCUUGGUCACAUCCGAACAACACGAACUUCCUUGAUGCCAUGCACGGGCUCGGAAUCAGUACGCCGGUGGACCAAGGCUACAACCCGCUUGGCGCAUACCUAAGUACUCAUUCUAUCCAUCCAAGAAACCAGUCAAGAUCAAGUGCAAGAACAGCUCAUUAUGACCAAAGUGUGGACAGAUUUUCAGCCGGGCCUGGUUUGACAGCUGAUAAAGUCGAGGCUUUGAAAGAAGUCAUCGUGUCGGCAGGUGCUCUGAAUACCCCGAAGCUCCUGCAGCUGUCCGGCAUCGGGCCAGUAUCCCUCACGUCGAGGCACGGCAUUCCCUUGCAAGUCGACCUUCCGGGCGUUGGCGCGAACCUGCAAGAUCAUCCAUUCGGAUUGACGCUUGCUUCUUUGAGUGCUGGGAUACCCGGAAACUACGACUUAGAAAACGCAACGUUUAAUGCUGAUCAAAAAGAUCUCUACUACUCCGAAAGAAAAGGGCGUUGGACGGAUACUAUUGCAGAGGCACUCGCAUUCAUACCUCUGUCAAACUUCACCCAGUCAGAUGUUACUGGCAAAUUGCUGUCUGUUAUGAGCAGUGCCGGCGCCGCUCAGUAUCUCCCACAAGAUACUGACCAGACUGUCAAAGAUGGAUAUUUGAAGCAAGUACAACAAGUUCUAGAAAUGCACCAAAAUGGCUCCACGGCCGGCAUGGAGCUUCUUUACGUCGACAGAACUGUUGCAAUCAACUCCACCGACCCUUUCGCGCCGCCGGUCAUUGACCCACGCUAUCUUUCCCAUCCUUACGACGGUCAAGUGUUGGUCGAGUCAAUACGGUUCAACCGAAAGCUUUUGGCCACAGAACAAAUCCAAGCCCUCGGAGCAACAGAAACGCUACCAGGGGUCGGUAUCACGAGCGAUGAUGACCUCCUAGAAUUCAUCAAAGGAGCCAGCUCUACAGAGUAUCACUAUGCUGGGACCUGCGCUAUGCUUCCGAGGUCACUUGGUGGUGUCGUGGAUUCCAACCUUAGCGUGCAUGGGGUCGAUGGCUUGAGGAUAGUCGAUGCUAGUACUAUGCCUUUACUUCCGUCAGAGCAUACCCAGGCGACGGUUUAUGCGAUCGCCGAAAAGGUAAAUCAUGCCCCUACACAUUAAAUUUCUCGACUAUGAAUGAAACUAGUGCUGUAGCUCCAGUGCUGACAAAAUUCCCUUACACAGGCAAUCGACAUUAUUUUACAGCAACGUUUUUGAUGCAUACGGAAAGAAGUUGGAUUCGACGAGGACUUCACGAGGAACGAUAGACGUUGGAUUGCUGUCCGGUCUGAAUACUCACUGGCAGACGCUCUCUUGUUCAAGCUUCAUACAUUUGGUGGUGCAGAAAGUUUGUUUUA